CGAGGCCUCAAUCAAACAAUAGACCUGCAUGGUGGCUCUGAACAAAGGAACAAACAAUUAAUUUCCUCGACAUUACUGGUGAUCCAGGGCUUGUUAUUGGGGAAGCAGCGUGCCGUUCUAGUGGGGACCACAACAUCCAUGCAGAAGUUCAGAUUACUGAUGAAGUCUACUCCAACUGAAACCCGCCGGAACCAGCAAUAUGCUGCUGACAGACAGAGGGGCGAUAAAGAUGCCAACCAGCGAUCCCAGUGCGGGAAUCAUGCCUGCAACCGGCAGACCUGGCAGGAAAUCUAAAGAUGCGGCUUCUCCCACAGAAAACAUACCAGACUACGAGCCAAACAUCCCUGAGCCCACAUGCAGAGCUGAUCUUCUAAAAUACUGGAUCAAACUUUCCCUGGAUGACAAGACAGCCAAUAAGAUGCUGUGGAUCACACAGGGUGGAUCCAAGGUGUCACGCAGGACUGAUGAUGUCACUUGUCCCGUCCUGGACAGACCAGAGAGAUAUGAGCAUGUCCCUCAGGUUCUUUGCAAAGAAGGUAUCCUGGGCUUCCGCGCCUACUGGGAAGUUGAAUAUUCAGGAUGGGUGGUUGUCGGAGUCGCCUUUGAAGGGGCAGGGAGGAGGGGAAGCGACGGACCCUGCGGGCUGGGAGAAAACGAGCAGUCAUGGGGUCUUGGGUGGGGUGGAUCCCACUACCAGUUGUGGUUCAAUGGCAUCAACACAGAAAUCUGGGACAUUCCCCAGUGCACCACCAUCGGGAUUUACCUUGACCAUCCAGCUGGUGUCAUCAAUUUUUACGCAGUUGAAGAGGUGAAGGAGGGAGAGGAGGGUCACGAGGGCAGGAAGGAGAUCAGACUGCUGCAGCAGAUCAAGAACUCCUUUCAGGGGAGAUUGUUGCCCGGUUUCUGGGUAGGACAAAAGUCAUCAUGUACGUUGGUUAAACAAGAGGAGUGAAGGAAAACAUUUUUUUCUCCAUUUCCAUAUCUUACAUUUCCACUCAAACUUCACUUACAAUACAUAUCAAUAACCCAAACUAAGUCUGCAACAGACUCUUUGGGAUAACUGAAAUUAAAAGAAUGAUGCAUGUAUACAGAAUAUUUCUAUAUAUAUAUACGCAUGCAUUCAUCAUGAAGCUGCUACUUAUUUAAUAGUUUGUGCAUAUUGUCUUUAUUAUGUCACAACUGAAUGUUAACUUUGAUGAUUGGAGGCAUAUACUUUAAUGUUUUUAUAGAUUGUAAUGUUGCGCACUGUAUAUUCCAGCAAUAUAUGUAAUAUCUGUACUUAAAAAAAAUAAAAUCCAUUA